AUUCAAUAAUAUAUAUAUAUUUUUUAUUAUUACGUGGGUGAUCGAUCAUGGGAAUCAUAACUCGUGAAUCAGAGACGGCGUCAAGCAUUCCACCCGCGAGACUGUUCAAAGCAAUCGUCCUCGAGUCGCACACUCUCAUGCCCAAGAUUCUGCCUCAAGCCAUUAAGAGUAUCCAAGUCCAUGGAGAUGGAGGAGCUGGCACCACCUUCACCACCAUUUUCGCCCCUGGCUUUCCGUACAAGAAUAGCAAGAGCAGAGUGGAAUCCCUUGACGUGGAGAAUCUCGAGUAUAAGUACAGCGUGGUGGAGGGGGAUCCCCUAAACGACAAGUGUGAGAAGAUAACGACGGAGCUGAAGUUUCUGCAAGGAACAGACGGUGGGUCUGUGAUUAAGAUCAAGACAGAUUUCUACAGCAUCUCCUCCUCCGGCGCCGCCGACCUGAACGACGAAGAGAUGGAAGAGGCGAGAGAGAAAGGUCUUGCAGGUUUCAAGGCCGUUGAGGCUUAUCUCCUGGCCAAUCCCAGUGUCUGCAACUAGAGAUAUACCCAUAUGCUGCAUGUUAUGCUAUGUUAUGUCGUGUCCACGUUGCAUGUUAUGUCAUGUUGUGUUUCUUGGCGUUUGGUCUGCAGGCCAAAUGCUAUAUAUCAUAUUUUAAUGGAUUGAAUAAGAUGGAAAGGUUUUAAUAUA